AGCAAGCAGCUUUUAACUUUUAAUAUUUGGCUCCCGAGAUCUGCCACGAGUAGUCGCGAAAGAUAGAUUCUCCCUCAGAGGAUUUCCCCCCUUUUUUUGGAGGAUAGAAAUAAAAAAUCCAUCAGCACAGAUUUUUUUUAUCUUCAGUUAAAUCUCAGUGCGCCUAUGAGCGCGCAGGUUUCUGCUGGAGAAGUUUAAGCGAAACUUUAAGGAUGAUAUACCUUGGAUGUUUCCUGUUGCUCUGUGGGCUUACGCAUGUCAUGGCAAGUUAUCCCAUCUGGUGGUCACUUGCAGUGGGCCACCAAUACUCUUCACUGGGCACUCAACCCAUCCUCUGUGGCAGCAUCCCGGGUCUGGUGCCCAAGCAGCUGCGCUUCUGCCGGAACUACGUGGAGAUCAUGCCCAGUGUGGCAGAGGGGGUGAAGAUUGGCAUCCAGGAGUGCCAGCAUCAGUUCAGGGGCAGACGCUGGAACUGCACCACGGUCAAUGACAAUCUGGCCAUUUUUGGGCCAGUUUUAGAUAAAGCAACUCGAGAAUCAGCAUUUGUCCAUGCUAUUGCCUCGGCGGGAGUUGCAUUUGCAGUGACCCGUGCCUGCGCUGAGGGUUCAGCCACCAUCUGUGGAUGUGACACACGCCACAAGGGCCCCCCUGGUGAGGGAUGGAAGUGGGGUGGCUGUAGUGAAGAUGUGGAGUUUGGAAGUAUGGUGUCCCGGGAGUUUGCUGAUGCAAGGGAGAAUCGCCCUGAUGCACGCUCAGCCAUGAACAGACAUAACAAUGAGGCAGGAAGAAUGUCCCUCAACGACAACAUGUUCCUGAAGUGUAAGUGCCACGGGCUGUCAGGCAGCUGCGAGGUCAAGACGUGUUGGUGGUCUCAGCCUGACUUCCGAGUUAUUGGCGACUACAUGAAGGAUAAGUAUGACAGCGCAUCAGAGAUGGUGGUGGAGAAACAUAAGGAGUCCCGUGGAUGGGUGGAGACCCUGAGACCUAAGUAUAACUACUUCAAACCCCCUACAGAGCGCGACCUGGUUUACUACGAAAGCUCACCCAAUUUCUGUGACCCCAAUCCCGAGACCGGCUCCUUUGGCACCCGCGAUCGCAUUUGCAAUCUAACAUCCCACGGCAUAGAUGGGUGUGACCUCCUCUGCUGUGGCAGAGGUCACAACACCAGGACUGAGAAGAGAAAGGAGAAGUGUCACUGUAUUUUCCACUGGUGCUGCUAUGUCAGCUGUCAGGAGUGCGUGAGAGUCUACGAUGUGCACACCUGCAAAUAAGGAUGUCUGAUUCCUGCCUUUUCUCACCAAAAUUUAAAGACUUCUGUAGGCAGAGGAACAGAUACAGCAACCUAUCUACAAGAUACGAGAGACUGUAAAGCUGUCUGACCUGCAUGAACUUCAGCGGCAGACAUAGCGGCCUUGUUUUUUGUGCUGUGAUGCUAAAAAGAGCCAUGUCUGCCUUGAUCAACUGAAAUGAGUAGAUGUUGACAUUAUAAAGCAUCAUCAAUAUGAACUGUGAUGAUAGUGAUGACAACGAUGUUGAUAUCUCUAGCGAUGACGAAAGAGUUUUCAUGUACUGACGUAGGAAAGGAGAACUGUUGGGUAAUUGACAAACACCAUAUUGGUGAAUUUUUUUUCUAAUUAGUUACUUUUGUUGAGAAUAGUACAGCACUGCCAAUGCUUUCAAGUCUAUGGGGCAACAAUUGAAAGUUUCACAUUUUCUACAAUGUUUAAUCAUAGCUUGUUUUUGCCACAAAAAAGUGAGCAAUUUACAUGAUGAGACACUCAACAGCAUGCAUUCUCCUCAACAUUGUAAGUAUGUUUGUGUAUACCUGAAAACUAACAUUAUGUGAAUGAGUUUUUUUAUAGUGUUAAUAUGUUUCUGAUGUUUGGGUAAGAAUGCACUUGCACCUGAGUGAAUGUAGUUAUUAUGCUGCAAUGUGUUUACAUGUUCUCACAUUCUUAAGCUAACGAGUUAAUAUUUGCUUUAAAUGACUAAUUUUAUCUCGAGAGUAGACGUGAGCCACAUCAACAGAACAUCGGCAAAACAAGAAUAUACCCAGGCCCAAUCCCAAUACAUCCUUUGACCCAACCACUUGGGCUUUUUUCAGAGGCACAGUUCAAACUAAGUGUUGUGAGAAUUCAUCUGCAAGAUGACUGUACGAGUUGCAAAAGAAGCCCACAAAUUUAUUUUCUUCAAAAAUUAUG